GAUGAAAUGCGGGAAACCUGUAAAUCUCAUCUGUAGUGAUAAAACAAAUAAAAUCACUUGACUGAUAGGCUGUCCCGGUGCGUUUAGGGACGGUGUGCACGGUAGGAAACAACCCCGGCUCGAUGCUGCUGCAGCUCGUAUCUGAUCGUCACUCUGAGGUUUCCCCCCUGCUGCAUGCGUAACAUCUCUCCAAGUCCAGCCGUGGUGCUCACCGAGACCUCCCCGCCUGGAUCUCAGCUUCCUGCGAGGAAUACACACGAAUCUCUCCGAGAGGACAGCAGAGCUCCGGGAUUCACCUGCUCCGGGUUCAGUCCGCACCGAGACGAGGCUGGGAUUUCCUAUUUUCGUUUCAUAUUUGACAGAGCCUGUUUUUGUGAGCGCGCGCGCGCGUGUGUGUGUGUGUGUGUGUGUGCGUGCGUGCGUGCGUGCGUGUGUGUGUGUGUGUGCGCGCGCGCGCGCGAGUGCCUGUGUGUGUGUGUGUGUUGGGUGGAGUCAACCCGGAUUCUCCAAAUUGGAAAAGCUUUGGCACAUUUGAGCACCAUGAAGGACGGGAUCGCCAACAACAGCACGGCCAGCAUCUCCCAGGCCAGGAAAGCUGUGGAGCAGCUGAAGAUGGAGGCCUGCAUGGACAGGAUAAAGGUUUCCAAAGCCGCCGCAGACCUGAUGGCGUACUGCGACGCCCAUAUACGGGAUGACCCACUCAUCAUGCCCGUCCCCGCCUCCGAGAACCCAUUCAGGGAGAAGAAGUUCUUCUGCAGCAUCCUCUGAUGAGCCGCCCGCACAGCAUGGCGUUUACCUGUCUUCACCUGAAGCGACUGGUCGUAGGCGUUGAGUUUGGCCAGGCGGACUCUCUGUCGCCCGGUCUGCCCCGUGGCUGACGGUUUGUUUUGGGGGGAGUCUGCUACCAAACUGGCAACCCAGAGUGAGCGUGUCAUGUCUUGUUAAAUAGGUUUGUUAUUGCUUCGUUUUUAGAGAACAGCUUCAUGAGACGACAGAUUCAGAUUCUAGAUCUUAACACGCCUCAGGAAACACAAACUCGCCCUUUGACCUUUUACAACUUUCAUUUCGUCUUAUUCUUCCAGUGAACAGCUGAAAGCUCAGCUCCAUUUAGUGCUGCAGCGCCGACUCCGACCAGACAAGAGGAGCUCACAUUUUAAUGAUUUCACUUUGUGCAAACAACACGCCUGAUAAGGGG